GGCGCUAUGGCGGGCCGGCGCGGGGCACUGAUCGUGCUGGAGGGUGUGGACCGCGCGGGCAAGAGCACGCAGAGCCGCAAGCUGGUGUCCGCCCUGUGCGCGGCCGGCCACCGCGCGGAGCUGCUGCGCUUUCCUGAAAGAUCAACGGAAAUUGGCAAACUUAUCAGUUCCUACUUGGAGAAGAAAAGUGAAUUGGAGGAUCACUCAGUGCAUCUGCUUUUCUCUGCCAACCGCUGGGAACAAGUGCCAUUAAUUAAGGAGAAGCUGUGCCAAGGUGUGACCCUGGUUGUGGACAGAUACGCGUUUUCUGGUGUUGCCUUCACAAGCGCUAAGGAGAAUUUUUCCCUAGAUUGGUGCAAGCAGCCGGAUGUGGGUCUGCCUAAGCCUGAUCUGAUCCUGUUCCUUCAGUUACAACUGGCAGAUGCUGCCACACGGGGGGAGUUUGGCCGUGAGCGGUACGAGGAGAAGACCUUCCAGGAGCGGGCCUUGUGCAGCUUCCAGCAGCUCAUGAGGGACUCGACUUUGAACUGGAAGGUGGUCGACGCUUCCAGGAGCAUCAAGGAUGUCCAUGAGGAAAUCUGCUUGUUGUCUGAGGCUGCCAUCCUUGGGGCAGCACAGAGGCCCCUCGGGGAGCUGUGGCAGUGAACCUGGCACCACCAAGACACGUGCACCAGGCCCUUUGAACACUCGGUGGCAUUCCAAUUUUGGUUUAGAGACCUGCAGGGCUCCUCUGCGACUUGAGGCUGGGCUGUACAGAGACAAACAUGGCAGAGUCCUGGCUGUGUGGGCUCCAGGCAGUAUCAUGGAAUUAUCUUCUGGCUUGCUACUCAUUUUAGUACUAAAAAAAAUGAGCAAGUUUAUAAUAGAAAUU